AUGCCGACCUGGGAUAUUGUUGCAACACUUCUUCCCAGAAAAAGCAGACUUUUGCCAAAACUCUUUUUCUCGCUACCGAAAAACACGAAUGUCUCCUCCAGUUGUCUGGCUUCUUCACCCAGAUUGCAUGACGAUCUUACCCCCGGUCUUCCUAAAGAGAUUCCUUCAGAGAAGCUCGAACCACUUUCCAAUUCCGAAAUCCCGCAGAAUACUAAAGAAGUAUUGCAAGAAGAGGCAGAAAGGCCUCCUUUGGCUGAAGGGCUCCCCAUUGCCAAAGUUGGAGCAAUUCAAACUCCCAGAUUCGAUGAUGCUUUCUCUCCUGUCGUCUCAGAUGUUAACUCUCUCGGAACUUCGAAACACACCGAAGAAGUGGGAAUCCAAGAAAUGGGGGUUGGAGAGCCUCCCUCCUUGAAGGAUUUGGAAGAGGCCGCCCAUGCUUCCAACCCCGAUGAAGCUCUAGCUUCAGUUGGUUUGGAUGAUGUUUAUUCUCACAAAACGCUACAACGAGCUGAAGAAUUAAGGGAAGAAAGGGGUAUGCUAGGAACUUCUUUUGUUGAGAAUUCCACAGAUGUAGCUCAAGCCUCUAGUGUGGACAGUGCUCCUGCUCUGACUGAAUUGGAUGAGCUAGACUCUAGUACUUCCUCGCCGACCUCUGCAACCAAGACUGAUUUGCUGCAGGACCUAAAGGAGCCCGAGAAUUCUAAGGACAUCCCGGAUCAUCGAACACCGAUCCAGUCUUCUUCUAAUGCCACAAAACCUCAGGAAUCUACACCAAGCGAGUCUCUUUCCAUUCCUUCGAAGUCCAGCAAUUCGCCCGAGGAAACCCCGAAGUCAGCGACCUCGAAGUCGCCCGCCAAGGACGGUUCAGUGCACCAAGUGAAAUGGAUCUCUUUUAACGGUUCCAAAGUUCCAAUAAUCACGCAGAAUGAGAACGGACCCUGUCCUAUGAUUGCGAUCACUAAUUUCUUGUUGUUGAGGGGCAAAUUGACCCUUCCUGCCAAUCAUGAGGUGGUCUCCAGUGAUCUAAUAAUUGCAGCGCUGAGUGAUGAACUACUUUCUCAUUCUACGGUGGAUUGGGAUGAGGGCACGCGCUUAAACUACGAGGAAAAUCUUUCCUCUGCCCUCAGCAUUUUCCCCUCCCUGCAAACUGGCCUAGACAUCAAUGUCCGUUUCACUGGAGUGUCCGAUUUCGAGUACACACCGGCGUUGACCGUUUUUGAUCUCUUCCGUAUUCCCCUCUACCACGGUUGGGUGGCGGACCCACAGGAUCGGGAUUUAGUGGAAGCGCUCAGGAACCAGACGUACAAUCAAGUUGUGGAGAUGAUUAUUGACUACAAAUCCUCUUCCGAUCCUGCUCGCGUUGAAAAGAGUCUGCUAGCUGAGGAGUUUCUCGAGACCGCAGCCUCUCAACUCACCAUGCAUGGUCUAUGCGAGCUCUCCGAACACCUCCAGGAGAACCAACUGGCAGUCCUCUUCCGCAACAAUCACUUCAACACCAUCUACAAGAAGGCAGGUCGCAUUUACGUGUUAGUGACGGACGUGGGUUUCGUGAGUGAACCGAACUUCGUCUGGGAGACGCUGAAUAACAUUGAUGGCGAUUCGCAGUUUGUGGAUGGGGAUUUUCGGGUCUGCACCAAGCCGACCUCCGCCACUGCCGCUAUUGCCACCGCUCCCGCUUCUUCUGCUACUACUAUCACACCCUCAUCUGCCACCAGCCCAUCAACGUUAUCUGCCCCAUCUACUACCACUGUUGCUGCUAUACCAACUCCUUCCCAGCAAAAUGUUCUAGAUCACAAGUUAGCAGUGGAGCGGGCGGAUCUGGAGUUGGCGAAGCGGCUUCAAGCGGAGGAGAAUGCAGCCUAUCUUAAACAGCCCCCCUCAGGCUCCCCUUCCCACCGUCAACAAAACGGUGGUGGUGGUGGUGGAGGCGGUGGCAGCGGUGGACACGGUCCAGCUAAGUCUCCCUCCUCCUGGCACGAGGAGGCUCAAGAGCAGUCCAGUCUGGAGUUGGCGCGGCGGCUGCAGGCGGAGGAGAAUGCGGCGUACUACUCCCAGUCCCCGGGCAGUCCCCGCUACCGACCUCGCCAAUCUCCCUCCCACUCCAGUCAGCAUCGGCAUCGUCAUCAGCGAGAGGAGUCCCCUUCCUCCUGGCGCGGUCGCGUUCUUACCCCCUCUAAUUCGGAGGUCAUGUAG